AUGUCGCUUGCGUUCGACUCGAUCCUCGCAGAGAGUCAACAGGCUGCCAUGGAACAACACCCGGUCCCCGCGUAUGGACGUACAAGAUGUUACUGGAAUCUGCUCGACUCGGACCUCAGGUAUCUAUAUCUGGAUCCAACAUGUUUUGUGCACAUGGGAGCAGAGGCCGAGAAAGUAAUAGGAACUUGUUUGUUGGACUACGUACACCCCGAUGAACAACAAUCAGCGCGUGCGGACCUGCGGAAUGUAUUGGACAGCCGAACACUGCAUGGGAGCGUAACCCGCGUGCGAUAUGCACGACUGUCCAGAAUCAGGGCGAUUCUGGGUUGCAACGCCCCAGAUCCCUUUCCGGAUGCCGACCUCGUGACCGUCGAUGACCACUAUAUUGCCUGCGACGUCGUUAUCAAUUGGGUCUCUGACAACGUUGUGCUCUGCUUCCUGCACGCCAUCGUCGGUAAGACUACAGUUCUUGCGACCCUGAGAAGCAUGCACAUCGCUCACGCCACGCGUGAAACCAUCCGUCUAGAUAAGGGCAAGGCAGACAACGACGAGCUCAACAAAACACACUGGACCAACUGGUGUGGCACCUCUGCGAUGACCACCGAUCACGCCGCCGGGCUCUACGACCGCCUGCAAAAGCUCGUGCCCCCCUCUCAUACACCUCCCGAUCGCAUCUUUCAGAUUCUCAUCAACCAGCCGGCCCGGCCUAUACUCUUCAGUUGGCCCCCUGAGGGGUACACUGCCGGCGAAUUUGGCAAACUCGUGCACCGAAUGCAAAUAGGCGGCCCUGGAGGAGCCAAUCAUCAUUCAAAAAGUGACGACGGAGCUAAAACCAGCUGCACCAGACGUUAUAAGGCGAACCAGCAAAUUGUUGACGCUGGUGUACCGAAAGAGGUCGAGAGUAUUUUUAUUCCCCACGGUGCCGUUAUUUUUGCUUGUCACAAAGUGGUAUCGUCUCGCCCCCCGUAUCCAUCCGUUCAGCAAGGGCGUGUAGGUGAACCAGACAUGUAUAACAGCUAUCAGCCACGCCAGCCGGCAGCUUCGAAUUACCCCCCUCAGCCUCACCAGCACCCUCUCAUGCAGGGGCAUUACGCCGGUGACGCUCGUCGGAGCGCUAACGGUAGCGACUAUUCUGCGCCUGGUGUGCCUGACUCCCCUGAGUACGUGCACUCUCGGGCCACGACAUCCGGCUAUCAACGUGGCCCGGCCGACUAUAGUGCUUCGCAAUAUGGAGUGCGCGGUAUGACUUACGGACCCAAUUACGUGCAACAGUUCGAUUCGUCUUAUCCGGCCUCCACGAAUCAUCAGCGGCCUGAUGUAUACCCGCCUGCUCAACACUCUGCGGAUCACCGCAACGCCCACCAAGAUCGCGCAGAAGAUUGGGCGUAUUCACAGUCGCAACCCCCGCAUCCGCCAGUGACACAGGCGUCAGCGCAACCGUCGUGGCCGGCCCCCACAAGUAGUCCGCGACCGGCAAGUCCCAGGUCUCAAGGACCCUCGAGCUACGACGGACAGUCGUGGAUGAUGCCCCAGGGUUGGCCUCAGGGACAAUUGGAGCAGACGCCCGCUCCCCAGCAUCAGGCGCAACAAGGGUAUCCAUAUGCUACCUCUCAGCCAUUUGGCCCACCAUCGAUUCCUGGACAAUCGCAGCAGCAGCCUCUCUCGCCUCCACCUCCAUAUGCACCCAACACACCCGUAUCUCAGCCACCUCCACCUUUGGACACUCCAGCAUCGUCCAAGCGGGAUCCAUCUCCCCAAGAAGAUAUAACUAUCCCUCGAAUUCAUGCUCCUCCUAAACGCAAGCGGGAUUCGGCUCCCAAGAAGGAAGGUAAUGGCGCACCUGACCUGACUCUGGGGGAAGGGGGGCGCUCUCAGCUCAGUACCUCAAAUAAGGAAGUCAUUUCGCGCGAGCGAGGUCAGAGUACCGGUACCACAGCCCCCCGUGCAGGUGGGGCCCCUCCUCCGGGCGUCUUGCGUUGUUCGAGUUGCAAGAGUGAGACGUCUCCUGAAUGGCGCAAAGGGCCCUCGGGAAAGAAGGAUUUAUGCAAUGCGUGUGGGCUUCGCUACGCACGGUCCAAGCAGAAGAAGGAUGGAAAUACCCAACCGAAGCGCCGCCGUGAGAAGGACGUUCCACUCACUCCAGCUCCAAUGCCCGUUCCAGUCCCAGGUGGGGUAUCGUCGAACCUCCAACAGCCGGGCCAUAGUCAUCUUUCCACGUCAGCGUCCACUUCCUCAAGUUCUGUCCCUCCGUCGUGGCCCAACGCCCCGCAUGAAAAUCGGGAUCAAAAACGUAUGCGCAGCGAAACUUUUACCACCGUUUCGCAUUCUCCCUCCCCGCCUCAUUCAGAGGGACAUGGCCAACCCGAGUCUUACCCCGAAGCAUACGGCGCGCGUUACGGCCAAGCCGCGUACCCUCAAGGAUAUACGAAUGGGUAUUCUGUGGAUUAUAAUCGCAUGCCCGGUCCGGUUCCAUCAUACGUUACACCGGAGCUGCCCUCUAAUGACCGCACUUUCACUGGACAUUAG